AUGUUCAACAAUUCAGACAUGAGUGAUAUCAGCUUCACUUGCGAAGGUUCAGACAAGACAUUCUAUGCACAUAAAUAUGUCUUGGGCACAAGUAGCGCCGUAUUUCAUGCCAUGUUUUAUGGCGGCUUAGCUGUGAAAGAUUCGAUUGUUCAUUUGUCUGAUACAAAUGAGGAAAGUUUGGAGCAGUUUUUGAGAUCUCUUUACACGGAGGAAUGUACAUUGACCGCAGACAAUGUUGUUGCCAUUAUGUAUUUGGCAAAGAAGUAUAUAAUUCCUCCGCUCGAUGAGAAAUGUGUUAAUUUCCUACUGGAGAAUUUAAAUCCUGAAAAUGUGCUUGAUGUUUUGGAACCAGCGACUCGUUUUGAUGAGAAAAAAUUGGAAAAACAAUGUUGGAAAAUUAUAGAGUCUAAAACAGGCAGAGUGGUAGCUUCUCAUAGUUUCAAUAACAUUAGUCAAACGACCUUGGCUAAAUUACUGAAGCGAGACAUUCUGAAAAUACUGGAAGUGGAAUUGUUUCAAGCUGUUUUAAAAUGGAUUGAUUUCCAAUGCUCGCGCAAGGGUUUGGAACCAACAACUGAGAAUCGAAGGUCCAUUAUUGGCGAGGCGAUAUACGAUUUUCGAUUUUUUGGCAUGAGCCAGGCAGAGUUUGUUGAACAUGUUUCUAAAUCUGGUUUGUUAACUGCGGAAGAGAUGAUUCCCAUCCACGAGAAAUUUGUUGGAUUUGCUUCGUCCGCAUUGAAAUGGAAGCUACCGAAUAGGAUAUCGGGAAAUAUUGUCCGGUUUUCCAGAUUUUCUGAAAAGGCAAAGGAUCUUGGAUCGGCGUGGGGGUAUAGUGGCGAACCAGAUCGCCUUCAAGUUUCUGUAAAUGAAAAAGUCUCCUUGGUUGGUGUUCGUUUGUUUGGGGAUCGAGAUGGGAGUGAGUAUCAGGUCAGUUUUGAAGUCAAUAAAGCCAGUGUAACUGGAAAGUAUACUUCGCAUCGUAAUCAAGACGACAUUCCUGGAUUUGAUGUUAUGUUAAUGAAACCUGUUAUACUGAAGCAGAACGAAGUCAUAACUCUUUCUGCCACAAUAAAAGGACCUGAUUCGUGUCAUGGUGCUUAUGGAUUAUAUUUAGUUACCCUCGAGGGGGUCUCUGUGACAUUUAGUGACGCUCCGCACCCCAACAACCGAAAUUCUACAAAUUGCGGACAAUUUCAUGAAAUAAUACUUGACAUUUAG